AUGGAGGGUAAAGUCAAAACCAACCUGCAGAUUUCGGAGGCAGUCGCCUAUUUGAAGAAACUCCCUGCAAAUGCCACUCUGGACGUCGCGGCUCUGGAAGCUGCCUGUGGAGCUGGUAUUGAAGUGACCGAGGAAGAAAUCAAGGCCUGCGUGGACUCUCUGCUCGAGAAGAAUAAAGAGGCUCUGCUGGCCCAGCGCUACUGCUUCCCGAUCCCCCAGCUGAUGUACGCGAUGAAGGAAGGCCGGAUGAAGUGGGCGGACGGAAAGAAGGCGAAGGAGAUUCUGGACGCUGCGAUUCUGUCGCUGCUGGGCGAGAAGACAGAGGCGGAUCUGGCUGCGAUCGCGGAGAGCAAGAAGAAGGGCAAGAAGGAAGCGAAGAAGGAAGUGAAGACGGAUCUCCCCGCGGUGGAGAAAGAGAAGGAAGGGUUCGAAGGCCGCGAUAUGGAGAGCAGCAAGAACAGCGCGGAGCUCAUCGCGGAGCACCAGAAGAUCACGGGUGGCAAGAUUCGGUGUCGCUUCCCUCCGGAACCGAACGGCUAUCUGCACAUCGGCCACGCGAAGAGCAUGUAUCUGAACUUCAAGGGCGCGUUCGAGCGCGUGGGGAAGCCGGGCGAGACGAUUCUGCGGUUCGACGACACGAACCCGGAAGCGGAGAAACUGGAGUUCAUCGACAACAUCAUGGAGGACGUGAAGUGGCUGGGAUGGAACCCUGUGAAGAUCAACUUCGCGUCGGACAACUUCGAUAAGCUUUACGAGUACGCCGUGCAGCUGAUCAAGAUGGGAAAGGCCUACGUCGACCACCAGACCCCCGAGGAGAUCAAGCGAUCGCGCGAGAUCGCGCAGGAGUGCUCGCGCGAAGGCGGACGGAAAGAUCUGAACCCGGAGAGUCCGUGGCGCAACCGAUCGGUGGAGGAGAAUCUGCGACUCUUCGAGGACAUGCGCAAGGGCAAGUUCGCGGAGGGCGAAGCGACGCUGCGAAUGAAGAUCGACAUGCGGAGCCCGAACCCCUGCAUGUGGGACCCCGUCGCGUACCGAAUCAAAUACAUCCCGCACCCGCACGUGGGCGAUAAGUGGUGCAUCUACCCGUCCUACGACUUCCAGCACUGCCUCGUCGACUCGCUGGAGCACAUCGACUACUCGCUCUGCACGCUCGAGUUCGAGGUCCGUCGCGAGUCCUACUACUGGCUCGUCGACCAGCUGGACGUCUGGCGCGCCUACGUGUGGGAGUUCGGCCGCUUGAACCUGAACAACACGGUGAUGUCCAAGCGGAAGCUGAAGUACAUGGUGAUGAACCACAUCGUGCACGGCUGGGACGAUCCGCGCAUGCCCACCAUCAAGGGGCUGCGUCGCCGCGGCUUCACCGCCAACGCCAUCAACAACUUCUGCGCCGACAUCUCGGUCACGCGCACCACCGUCACCAACAUCGACCCCGCGCGGCUGGAGCACUUCGCCCGCGAGGAUCUCGACCCCAUCGCGCCGCGCGCCUUCGCGGUGCUGCGCCCUGUGCGUCUCGUUCUCCUCAACAAGGACGCGGAUUUCUUCACCACGCUGCAGGCCCCGCUGUUCCCGAAGGACCCCAGCAAGGGCUCGCGCUCGCUGCCCUAUCAGCGCGUGCUGUUCGUCGAUCGCGACGACGUGAAGACGGCGGACGAGCCCAAGUUCCUGGGCUUCGCCCCCGGAAAAGUGGUGAGUCUGAAGUACGCGGACGUGGUGCGAUGCGAGGAGGUGGUGUGCGAUGAGGCGACGGGCGAGAUCGUGGAGGUGCGGUGCAGCUGCCUGACGGAGGAGGAGGCGAAGGAGGCGAUGGCCAGCAAGAAGAAGAAGCUGGGAAGCAUGCACUGGAUCGCGGGAAGCAAGCUCGGAGAGGAGCCCAAGCGAGCCGAGGUGCGGCUGUAUAAUGUGCUGUUCAAGGAGGAGGAUCCGUCGGAGCUGGAGGACUGGGUGGCUCAUAUCAACAAGGAGAGCGAGGUCGUGAUUAGCGAUGCGAUGGUGGAGGAGUCGCUGCUGGAUCGGAAGAUUGAGGAUCAUGUGCAGUUCGAGCGGCUGGGAUACUUUGUGGUGGAUAAGGACGCGAAGCCGGGAAAGAUGGUCUACAAUCGGACGUGUCCGUUGAAGAGUAAUUGGAGUGUUUGUUUGAACCAAAGAAGGUGUGGAAAAGUGAAACUGCAUGAAACAGGGAAGGAAGAGUGA